UAACCCCAAAAGUCAACUUUUUUCUAGCAUCUUAUAUGAAUUGUACAUAUAGAGUGUUUUCUCUUAAGUUUUCAGCAUUGCGUGUUAAAAUAUAUACUUCAUCGGUGGAAGAGCACGGUUUUUUAUGUUUGGAUUUGCGUAACGAUGGUCACCUACCAAAACCAUGGAGAUGACGCGAUACAUUUGAAGAUCCGAGAUGCUAACACGACCACGGACAAGCAACGCAUGGAAGAGGAGGCUGUACAGGAAAAUGGCUCGGAGAAGACACAAAGAUGCCAGAAACCCCCAUACUCCUAUGUCGCACUAAUUGCCAUGGCUAUUCAGGAGAGUUCGGAGAAAAGGCUCACUUUGUCAGGCAUUUACCGAUACAUAAUCACCAAGUUCCCUUUUUACGAGAGAAACAAGAAAGGCUGGCAAAACAGCAUACGCCAUAACCUGAGCCUCAAUGAAUGUUUCAUCAAGGUACCCCGGGAAGGCGGCGGCGAGAAGGGAAACUACUGGAUCAUAGACCCCUCAUGCGAAGACAUGUUUGAGAAUGGGAAUUACAGGAGGAGGCGGAGAAUUAAGCGGCCCCUCAGAUCGUCGCCGACUCACUUUCAGUCGGGGAACUCCUUUUUCAGUGAGGAUAGUUAUGGCUGUUUUGCCCCUUCGGGGUAUCUGCAGUCUGGGUUCAUGAAUACUCCCUCGUCGAUCGGGCAGCAGUCCAGCCCGAUAUCCUACACUUCUUGUCAGAUGGCAGGUGGCACGGUACGUCCAAAGCAUGCCGAGGAUGUUUCUCCUAAUUCCGCAUAUAAUCCCUACUCUCCAGUGCAGAGCAUGACUCUGUCCGGCAUGAUGAACACCUACAACGACUGGGGCUAUCCUUAUCACCCCCACUCUCAUCACCUGCAGCAACUGAACCCAGCCACGGCGGCAUGUCCGUCGGUCCCCUGUGCCGGGGCUCAUACCUUUAACCUGCCGACGCCUGUCAACCUCCUAAGUUACCCCUAAGGCGUAUUCAGGAUCACGACAGCGCGCAAAAACAUUUAAAUAAACGAAAAGCUGUCAGUACUCAUCAUUGUAUGGAUUUUCACUCAAAACGUAUCUCAUAAUACUUGAUUUCAGAUCACCGUGUCUAUGCUGAACAUUUCCCAGGGUAUGUUUGAGAUGUUUCAUUCUUCGUUUGUGCAAAGAAAACAUCGAAAGGGAACGAUGAACAGGGAGAACUAUAUGAGUGUCUUUGAGUCAAAGAUGCACGCUUGGGAGGCAGUUCGCAAUUACUUUUUUAAGAUUCAUAAGAACUACACGGAUGCUGCUCAGCCAUUGACUUGGUGUUCCGUUUGCAGUUUUUACUUUUUCUGUUGUGUUAAGCUUGGGUAAGUCGAUUUGGCAUUGCCAUUACGGAAAAAACUGCUAAGCAACGAAGUGAUUUGUUUAAAAAAAAAGACAGUGCUUAUCAUUUCUUCAUAUUUUUGUAUAGUUUUCAAAUGCAUAACCAAGCUCAUAACGGAAAAAAAACAUUUCGUUCAGAGUAACAUUUAGAAGUUUAUUGUAAACGCUUUCCUACUUGUUGCGUUUCGGUUGCGAACUAAGACAGUAAAGCCGAAACGAACAAAUAGAUUGAUAUUGAUGCUCAGAAUUGCAAUCAUCAUGUGUAUUCUAGAGCGAUUCAAAGGAAUAUGCAUUAAAAAUGAUUGACUGGCAUAUUGUGAUAUAGAAACAAUUCCUAACCUAACCCCUUAUUUAAAAAGCUAUAGUGAUACUACAAGAAACUAUAAGAUCCCUGUAGCCCUGUAUAAUACUGAAAUAGUAAUCUAUCAUACUUUUACCUCCAUGUAAUAUUCUGUCUAUAGUAGUGCUGUCUAGUAGUAUUCUACAAUACUUGUGUAGUACCCCAUUGUAUUUAAUAGUACUGUGAUAGCAUUCAGUCUCAGUAGUAGUUCUGUGAUAUUUUUGAUAGUUUUACUAUAGGAAAUCAAAUAUUUGCGUAAUAAAUUAUGGUGUUCAAGAACUCUUAUAACAUUCAGUCUGUGAUAUCUAUGAUAUUUAUACGUGAAUGUCUACAGAUGCAGCAUACCAAACUAAUGUGAAGUUCAAGUUAUGUAUCAGUAAUCAUUUUAGACGAACUGCAUAGGAAAAGUGAUUUAGGGACAUAACAAAAGGUGUAAUAAAAAUUACAUGCAUAAUUACUUCUCUACAAGUUACUGCGAUAUUUAAUUAUUUUAUUCUGUUUGCAACAAGUGGCUAUUUUAAGAAGGUUUAUUUGCAAUUUUCAAAAACACAAACUAAAUGUUACCGAAUUAUUAUGUAUUAUUGAUUAUCUUUAGUACCGCUUAAUCGGUACAGAGUCGUGGCUGGAAUUUAUUAUUAGAUUGAAAAUUCUAUUAAUGAUUCAGUUGGCAUGGGUGAAACUAUUGACGAACACAAACCAAGGGACGUUUCUUGUGGUUUUACCAGCAUAAAAUUGCUAAAUUAUUAGAAUUUAUAUUAUGUCGCGUUCAUUUUUUGUGAUUAUCAACCUAUCUACAAAUUUAUGAAAUGAAAGAUAAAACAUAAAACUGCAGACACUCAGUCAGCUUGGACAAAGGAAUACGAACAGGCCUACAAUCAAACAUCACAAAAGCAAUAGGAACAGGCCUAGAAUCAAACAGCAAAGGAAUACGAACAGGCCUACAAUCAAAAAGGUCGCAUUAGAGGGUCUCAUUACCGUUUGGAGUUGUACAUAUAAGCUACAUUUAUUAAAUUAGUUCAAAUACACCACACAAACAAUUUUCGGGAUCUGAUUGUUCUUUGACGUGUUUAACCAGGUCUGCGGUGGACUUCAGAAAUAAUCUUAAAGACUAACGAGGAACUUUACAUUAAACAUGUGGAAUGUGUUUAAGAGUUCUAAGAAGGUUUGUCUACCUACUUAGUACUUUUUUUAGUACUUAAGUACUUUUUGAGUUAUGUUAUGUGUUAUGGUCACGUUAUAAGUUUAAUGUAGUCUUAACUGGAGUUUGCGUAUAGUCGACUAAUAACUAAAACGGUAGGUCUACAGCUAGGUAGCGACGCUACAGACCAAUUUCUGUUCUGAGAAGAAUAAUACAGGCAGUGGGUGUAAUUUUCACUUCACGUCUAUUUAUGACAUUCAUCCUUAGCAACUGAAUUAUCACAUAUAUGUGUAUUGUAUGUUAUAUAUUAUAACAAGCAUUUCUAAUUUGAAGGAUCGUUUACAAUUGAACUGUUGCUGUGUAAACCGGACAGUUUACAUUUAGUCAGGAAUGAACAGGCCUAAUGACAACCACUCUCGUUGCCGCCAUGUGCUUCUUUAACAGCUUAAUGAAUGGGUCUAAAAUAGGAAUUGAAAAACUGAGCCUGAUAUAUACAUAAUAGUAUGGAUACUGUGUGGGAAAAAAAUCUGUUAUUAUUUUAACUGCCAUCACGAUGCUUUCAGAGGGUAAUAUCAUUUGUUAUGGGGAAGUUUUAUUGUUCAAAUCCCAAUAUUCAACUCUGUGUAAUGUAAAUCUGAACAAACUAUGUAAAUUGAAUCGGAUCCUGAUGACCUGUCCUAAACAAUUUCAUCACAAAGUGGUCAGAUUUUUUCCUAAGACAACGCACAUAUUUAAAAAGUACGAAUUAUGUUGAGUGGAUAAUUAAUUUAAUGCUUUAAUUUGAUGAUGAUUAGUUAUAAGCACAUACAUAAAUGCUUAUUGUAAUAAGAACUGUAUACCAUGCAUAGGCCUAAUAUUCACAUGCCCACGUUCUGAAAUAAACUAUCUUUCGUAAAA